AUGUUGGACAGUGCGCUGGAUGUUGUGUCACUCAGCUUGACAUGCACACGAUUGUACAAUAUGAUGAUACAGGACAAGUUACCAACAACUUGUAAUGUAACCAAACGUGACAGUCAUUGUUAUUGGAAGACUUCACAUGACAUUGAACCAGGUUCACUAUCACCGACACUCAUCUCUCUUACGCUUGGCUCAGAGUCCCAUGCACAGAUCAAACCUGGCUCACUCCCACCAUCACUCAAGACACUGUGGCUAGACGGACUGACCAACCAUGAGCUCAGACGCGGUGUGCUCCCACCGUCGCUCACUACACUCUACUUUGGCUUUGUCUUUGAUCAUCCUAUACUGCCGGGCUUACUGCCUCCUUCACUUCAGACACUCGGCUUUGGCAGAGGAUUCGAUCAACCAUUGCGACCAAAUACGCUCCCGUCAUCACUCACCAAGUUGAGCCUAGGUGGUUUCUUUAAUCAAGAGCUCACACCCGAUACCCUGCCCCCAUCCCUUACCUCACUUACUCUGAGCUCAGAGUUUAAUCGUAGGAUUGAGACUGGCGUACUUCCAUCAUCACUUAAGUCCCUGACCUUUGGAGGCGGGUUCACUGGUGGCAUCACACCUGGCAUGCUCCCCUCGGGACUUGAGACCUUGACUCUUGGCUACAAUGACAACAACCCAAUCGUAUGUGGUACCCUUCCUGACUCCUUGACAUGGUUUGGCAUUGGCGCGCAGUUCAACAACACUAUAGAGAUUGGAUCUUUGCCCAGGUCAUUGAAGACCAUUCGCUUUGGCUAUGAGUUCAAUGGACAACUCAAGGAGGGUAUCCUACCGUCAUCGUUGACAGAGUUGGAGUUUGGCGUUCGAUUCAAUCAGCCGCUCAGCCAAGUGAAACUACCAAGCUCACUCAUAUCACUCAAGUUCAUGAAUGACUUUAAUCAUUCGAUUCAGCCUGGCGAGCUACCUUGCUCACUCCAAUCACUGACGUUUGGAAGGAACUACGAUCGACCACUGAUUCCAGGUGGCCUCCCGCUAUCAUUGACAUUCCUGUCGUUUAAUGUUCAAUUCAAUCAAGAGUUGACCGAGGGUGUGCUGCCCAACUCGAUUACAAGCCUGGAGCUUGGAACCAGCUACAAUCAGCGUUUGGCGCCCAACGUACUACCAUCAUCGCUCAAGAGAUUGUCGAUGUCAUUUAUGUUCAAUCAGACGUUGGAAUAUGGGUCUCUACCUUCAUCCUUGAUAGACCUAACGUUUGGCCAUAUGUACAAACAGAUCAUUGCGCAUGGAGUGCUGCCCACCUCGCUAUUGUCCUUGAAAUUGGGCCAUGCAUUCAAUCAGAGGAUUGACCUUGGUGUUCUCCCAACAUCCCUCACAUAUCUUGGAUUUGGCAACAAGUUUGCAGAAGAGAUGGAGGCUGGCGUACUUCCUGAUUCAAUCCAAUGUUUGGUAGUUGGUCCAUUCUACUCACAUGCAAUCCGGCCUCCAUCCAGCCUCAAAACCCUCGCGCUGUAUGGGUUUGAAGCACUUGUCAAACACCAACCAUACCCUGCAUCGUUGGAAGAUGUCACAAUGACCGCAAGGAUCAAGUAUUUGGAAGAUAUACCAAAGGAGCCAAUCAAGAUGGCGCAUCGCCUACGUGAAGUCCGCAUUACAAUAGAGACAAAUAAUCAACAAUUGUCCCGCGAUCUCAUCAGAGCACUGGUGCAUGCCAUUCCCAAUGUGCAAACCUAUCAAAUAACGUCAGUCAAUAAUUUAGGUGAUUCAAGAAUGCAUGGUAACAUCAACUUUGAGGCACAAAUACGUCCAAUCGACAAUGGUCGUGUAGCUCUAUGCAUCGUGACCGAGCCAGAUAAUCCCACCCAUCAGUUGAUCAACACCUUCAUCCUUUGA